GGCUGAUAUACCCGUCUCCCUAUUUGGUGAGAUCUUCUCAUUCGAGCGAUUUUUGUUUCAUUUUAUUUCGUUAUUUUGUUUCCCCCAAUUCGAAAGACAUAUUAGGUCAAGAGGUCGUGAUUAUGGGUUUUCAUUUGUCAUUCCACGCAGGUAAGACUGUCAGCUACAUCAAUAGAUUGUGUUAGACAGAGAGGAUUCAUAGCAAAAGAAAAUGGCAGGGAAUUCUUUGAUAAAUUUUUCCGCAAAUUCUACUAUUUUGCACGUUGUGCCCAGUAGGCGAAACAGUCAGGUGAAUUUCUUGCCAUUUUUGAGAACUCCAGAAAGGCCCAAAGGCAGAGUCUUUAGCGUAAAAGCUGUGUCUGCAGAUUCUGGUCAUAGUCAGGAGCAGACACAAGAACAACCCGGGUUAGAUUCUCACCGCAGAAGUAUGUUUUCUAAUGUUUUAGAUGUGCCGAGGAACAUUUGGAGGCAGACUCUGAGACCGCUGGGCGAUUUUGGGUUCGGGAGAAGGAGCAUUUGGGAAGGAGGGGUAGGGUUGUUCCUGGUUUCCGGUGCAAUUUUGUUGGCACUCAGCUUGGCCUGGUUGAGAGGGUUUCAGUUGCGGUCAAAGUUCAGGAAAUACUUGGCUGUUUUUGAGUUUGAGCAUGCUUCUGGAAUCUGUACAGGCACGCCUGUUAGGAUCCGAGGGGUGAAUGUUGGCAAUGUUAUUAGGGUUAAUCCAUCAUUGAGAAGCAUUGAAGCCGUCGUUGAGGUGUGCAAAGUACUUAAACUAGAGUGCCCGUUUUGUAUGCAUUUUCCGGCAUAUCAGCCAUAUUUUUAGUUGCCAAACCAUAACUCAUUUCAUAAUCUAAAAAGGUAGUGCAGUUUUUUGUGUGUGUCAUUUGUUAGCUUAUAAAACUCCAUUCGUUGA